CACCAAUGCACACUCUGCUUCCCACUCAUUUUGCUUAUUUGCACUGGCAACUACAUCGCUAGCGUGAAUGCCAAACCUACAUUGACAUUGCUGGAUGGUUAUGUUGAUACUAUCGAUCGUGAUUAUAUAGUACCGUAUCAAAAACCGAUAACCGAUUAUCAUCUCAGUCGCUUGCGGCGCGGCUACUACUACGUCGAAGAUGGCUUUAUCACUGCUGUACCGGAAUCAGUCAUCUAUGGCAAUAGGCGUGUAGAUACAGUAACUACCAAUAGUGGUGAUAGUUCGACGGUGGAUGCAGCACAGCUGGUGAAUUACAAGCGUACACAUGCCAAGCGCAAGAAGUUGUUUGUGCCAAAUUUGUUUGGUUAAAGAGAAAAAAAAGUGAAGGAGCGGGAAAGAGGGAGAAUAAAAUGGAGCGUAAGGAAAGAGAAAGUGUCAGCAGUCGAGGUGGGU